GAAUGAUAAUUGUUAAUACAUUAGGUGGUACGAGUUUAUCUCCAUUCACGGCACAAGAGACAGGGGAGAAAGUUGCUCUCAUCUCGGCGUCGCCAUACCACAUAGCUAGAACAAACAUAUAGCACAAACGAUAAAUACACAUUCGCCAUUAACAACGGAAAUAGUUCAACGUGUGGACUUAAAGACAGCUCUUGGUAAAUCUAUUAUUAGCAAAUAUGUGGCAACUUUAGGUUUUUCGGUAUGACGUGUGCGGUUAAUCAACAUUGGACACAAGUUGAAUGGCUACAGCAAACAAUGGCGACAAACAACAUCAUCAUCAGAAGGCAGAUACUACCAAACCGACACCAGCUUCACUUGGAAUCAGCACACUAAAGCCAAAGUUUCAGCAGUAUGCUCUACCGUCCAAAAGACAUGAGUCGUUUACGGAGGCGUCAGUGCCGUGGCCGGAACACUCACCGGUCGAGGUUGAGGAUUUGGUGGCUGCCGGACUCGUAUAUACAGGUGUUGGCGACAGUGUUCGCUGCUACCACUGCGGUGGUGGUCUCCGGAACUGGGAGACAGGGGACGACCCAAUGGAGCAGCACGCCAAGUGGUACCCGACCUGCCAACACGUCCUCAUUACCAAGGGCAAAAAUUACAUUCACAGUGUUGAAGCGGGCGAAAAUCCCGACAAAAUGGCGAGAAGACCAAAGGUUAAACAAACACCGGUCGAAGAUUCUGCUUCUCAACAACAACAAGAAGCUAUGCAAGCUGCCGCCGAGUUCGGAUAUUCCAAGGAGAACAUUAACAUUGCCGCCAGGAUAUUCCAAAAACGUCAUGGAGCCUCCUUCCAGUUUAAAGGAGCUGAUUUGGUGACCAUCUUGAUGGAGAUGGAAGACGACCCUGACCUUGUUUUGCAUGCCAAUGUUUCUGCUUCACCUUCAUCAAAUCAACCAGAAGAACAUUUCGAAAAUGAAGACGACGACAACCUUCAAAGUCUAAUAGAAGAAAAUCAAAAACUCAAAGACUCCCGGAACUGUAAAAUAUGUUUGGACAGUCGCGCGGACGUCAUCUUCCUCCCCUGUGGUCACAUUGUCAGCUGUCCCCAGUGUUCCCCCGCCCUUGACCUCUGUCCAGUCUGCCGCAAGUCCAUCAUGGGCCUCGUCAAGGCACGCUUUGCCCUCACCGAAGACAGUGCAGAUGAUGAGUCGGAUGACGAGUAGCUUACGUGGUCCGAUAUGUUAUACUUGGUGGGAAUAUGACAUUGACUGAUUGUAUUAAUAAAAUAGCAGCGAGGUGUUUUGCGUACCCAUUUCAAGUGAAUCAUAUUUUUUAUUAGCUUAAACUGAAUUAUUUUGAACGAGUAAGCGUUAUUGUUUCGACUUCAGUGCUUUCACUGCAAUUUCCAUUGCUCUAUUUAUUCACACUUGAUUGCGAAGCCAUAGAAAUGCCUACGUUAAUCCAUUACGUGUUCAAUCACAGUAUUGUUUCAUAACCCGCUACUUUAUUCUUGUUAGAAUAUGGCUGUACGUUAAGCAAUGUUGUAACAUGUUUCACACCAAGAUCAAUCUCACUGUUUCUUACAGGGAGUGUAUGUGUUGUUUGCUAUACAGAGGUGGUUCGCCCAUUGUUUUAAGCAGUUCAAAACACUAAACAAGAUCACAAAAGGAUGACGUGUGCACUCGACAAGGACACUCAUGCGUAUUGGACAGUUGAGAUUAACACAUAAAUCCAAAUUUUAACUGAACGUUUUUAAAAAGGGAUGGGGAAUAAUAAACUAAGCAUUAACCGUUAUUCGAAUUAUGUUAGUUUUGUAGAUGAAAAACAAGCAUAGCGAUUAUGUAGGUAUAGUAAAUGAAAUCAAACACCAAUUUCGACUAUUAGUGACUUUGUAUUCAGAAUAUGUAAUAGUAUCUACCUAAAUAGUCUUUCGUUACAAAGGUGCUAAGAUAGAGCGCUUAUUGGCAUUUUUUUGAAAUACUGUAUUCAAGUGUAUGUUAAUUGUGUUAAUUACGAAGCUAGUCUUUAUGAUUAAAACAAAUUAAUUCAGUAUUAAUAUUGUAUAAUAGCAUGUUUUCUGGACAGUUUCUUUGUUAUUUUACUAGCGAACUGUAUUUACGUUACGUGUGAUAAACUGUAACAAUUGUGUCGAACAGUCAUUGUUAUAUGGACAUGUUUUGGAACCCCCAUAGUUUGUGUUCAGAACAUUGUAGUAUUCUAGAAAUAUCUCAAGACAGCAGGUGUAUUUGUAAAGGGGACAUAUUCCUGCACGAUCUAGACCCGUGUCAUGUAGUAAUUAAUGUAGCGCAUUUAUGUUUAGAAUCGUUAUUUUUGUUUACACAUUUUAUAUUAAAUUUGUACUUUUUCAUAUAUGGUAUUGUUACACUUAAGUAACGUAUAUAAUCAAAGCAACACUCACUGUACAACGAAUGUAAAAUGGAUGGAAACGUGUCCUACCUUGCGUUCUUUUUUUGUUUAUUUACCUACUGAAUUUCUUUACACUCAUGAAUAUAUUUUAUGAAUGCCCCAAAGUAUAAACCUAUUGUCUUAGCCCCGAGCUGGAGUUUGUAACCAUGCAGAUUGUGAUUAUACAUACAGCUAUAUCAUACAUACCAUGCUUUUACGUGAAACUGUCUAACGCCAUUGUAUCACUGUGAUAUUUAGUAAAGGGUAUUUUAUAAGCUUUUUAAUGCUAAAUGUUGAACAAUUGUUUGAUGGAAUGCUUAGGAACAGUUGUGAAACUAGUCUUUCGAUUGUUGAUAUGUAUAUGUAAUAAUGCGUUUUGUAUUUGUUACAAUGAUAUAAUUUUUUGUCUACGGAAAUGUUAUUUAUUCGGUACGGUAAUAUAAUACAUUAUACAUAUCACUUGUCAUUUCAUGUCAGUAUGUAUAAUUGAUUUAAUGACGAAGAGCUGGUGAUGCCUAGGUCAAACACAUGUUCUGUUCUGUUCUGUCCUGUUAUGUUCUGUUAUGUUGUAAACGUUUCUGUUAUUCUUCAAUAUGCCAUCGCUAUUUAUAAUGACAUUCUUGUAUAUGAAGCAGUUUAUCAACUAUACAUCAAACGAAUUUUAUUUAGUCAAUAAUGUCUUUCAAUUGUUUGAAAUUACCAAAAAAGUUGUGUGCAUGUUUUAUAAAUAUCUAAACCACUAUUCCUCUGUUGAAUUCAAAUGAUGUAUAUGCCAUUGUA